CAACCAUCUCUGGCAUCAUCCCCACCUGGUUUUGGGAUUUAACACCCCAACUUCUUUCCCUGAACCUUGCAAAUAACCAGAUUUUUGGCCAAUUGCCCAACCCUUUCAAAAUGAAGCUGCAGUAUUUAGAAUACUUUUCUGCCAAAGGUAACAAAAUCAGUGGCAUGAUUCCCUCAUAGAAGGAAUGAAUUCCUUGACUAUCCUUGACCUUUCCCGAAACAAUAUUGGUGGUAUCAUUCCAUUGAGUUUGGGUAAUUGCAAAGCACUUUAGGCACUUGAUUUGAGCAAGAAUAGGUUAUCCGGAGGAAUACCCACGUCUUUGGGUCUGUUACGUCAACUCCAGACAAUGCAUCUAAGCAACAAUACUCUAUUAGGAAAAAUACCUUCAUCUUUGAAUAAAUGUACUAGUUCGGAGACUCUCGAUCUUGGACACAAUAAUUCUCAGGUCAUAUUCCCACUUGGAUUGGCAAGAGCUUUCCAGCUUUAAGAAUUCUGAGUCUCUGAUCAAAUAUGUUUUCUGGCAACAUCCCAUCACAAUUAUCAAAACUAACUUCUCUUCAGGUCCUUGAUGUUGCACAAACUUGUUUAUCUGGUUCAAUUCCCCAAAGUUUUGAAAAUCUCAUGGCCAUGAAGAAUGAGCAGAAGAUAAACCACAUUCUUUCCUAUGGAGGGACAAGAUCAUCAUGUUACAAGGAAAACUUAUUUGUAUCAAUGAAGGGGCUAAUACUUGAAUACACAAGAAAAGUUUCGCUGGUAACAUGCAUAGACCUUUCAAGAAAUAACUUUUCUGGAGAGAUCCCUGAAGGACUCACAAGUCUUUUGGGAUUGCAUGCCUUAAACUUAUCUGGAAACCAGUUGAACGGAAAGAUCCCAGACAAGAUUGGUAAACUGGCAUUGCUAGAGUCUCUUGAUUUCUCUGAAAAUCAGCUUUCGAGUUCAAUUCCUCUGAGCAUGUCAAAUUUAACUUUUCUAAGUCACUUGAACUUGUUGUAUAACAACUUGUCGGGAAGAAUUCCAAUGGGAAGUCAGGUCCAGACACUUAAAGAUCCAUCUAUUUAUAUCGACAACAAUAAACUCUGUGGAUCUCCUCUUAUAGAAAAGUGUGGUAGCGAUGAGACGUCUCAAGGUCCAAUGGCUGUCAGUGGUGAUGUAGAAAAAGAUGAGGAAGAGUAUGAAAUCCGUUGGUUUUACUCUGCGUUGGGACAGGAUUUGCAGUUGGGUUUUGGGAAUUCUGUGGUAUUUUAAUGCUUAAAAAAUCUUGGAGAAUUUCCUAUUACCGCUUCUUUGAUGAGAUGAAAGAUAGACUUUUUUAUUAAUUUAGAUUUACAAGAUGUUAGAUUGAAAAAGUCUGAUGGAAAUCCAGAUCAUGUGUAAUGAAUAAUUGUUGUAAUGCAGAUCUCUUCACAAUUGUUUUUU